AUGGAAAAGACUACUUUUAUGACAGUAUGGGGAACAUUUAGCUAUAAAGUCAUGCCUUUUGAAGCAAUGUGUAGUGCACUAGCUUGGACAACUCAUCAGCUAAAACAACACAUAUUGUAUUAUACCACUUGGCUCAUUGUGAAAUUAGACCCAAUUAAGUACAUCUUUGAAAAGCCUUCAUUAUCGAAAAAAAUAGCAAGAUGGCAAGUGUUACUUUCUAAAUAUGACAUUGUAUAUGUGUCCCAAAAGGCAAUCAAAAGAAGUGUUAUUGUUGAAUUUCUUGUAGAACAUACUCAUGAAGAUUAUGUGCUUAUGACAUUUGUUUUUUCAAAUAAAGACUUAAUAUCUGUACUACACAUAGAUAAAGAAGAGUAUAAUGAAGAUAUAUGGAAAAUGUAUUUUGAUGGUGCAUCAAAUGCUUUGGGGCAAGGUAUAAUAGUAGUUUUGAUAUCUUCAAAAGGGGAUUACUACCCAAUCACAGCAAAACUAAAUUUUAAUUGCACCAAUAAUGUGGCAGAAUAUAAAGCAUGUGUUAUGAGUCUUCAAGCCGCUAUUGAAAGGAGGCCCAUACUUUAA